UGAGGGAUCUGUUCCACUAUGUCCCUCGGAUCACCGGGCCUCAAUUUUUCAGCCGUGGAUUUGCAGAGCACAAGAUCCUCUUGACAAGAGAAGUAGUUUCCAUGGUGAGAAAUAAACAUAAGGAUCUGACGAGAGGCAAAACUCCUUUGCGCACCAUCGCCGAACAAGGUUCAUCAGAAAGCAUGAAUUCUAGACCUACCAGCAGGAAGGCAAGGGUUCUAGAUCCAGACGUUAUCUUUACCGCCCAUGGCAAAGAUUUCUUGAACAGCACAGAAAUAAGUGAGAGUGCUGAACACAAGCAAUCAGUGAGCAUCAUCGUAGGCAAGACCCCAGUUCCCCUCAGAGGAUACAGCACCCAAGAGUAUUCACCUGACCUCCUUUUGAAUAAUGAUGCUCAGACUGAUCUGGAGACUAGGGUCACAUUGUUGGAAGAAAGGGUACAAAACUUGGAGGAAAGGCUUCUCAGGGAACAGAACAUGGAGGUACAAAACUUGGAGAAUGAGCUACCCAGGGUACAAAACUCGGAGAACACAGUAGAAGACUUGGAGGACAUGGCACAAGUAGACUAGGCGGUAUAUAGGGCCAAAUUGAAUACUACGAGAUAGAAGCGCAGGUAUGCUGUAUGGGAGUUUCAUUUUUGAUAUAUAUCAAAAAUAGAAGGAAGUGUAGGAGGGUGCCUUGAAAGACAAAUAGGACAAAGAGUGUCGGUGUGAUCCUUCUUGAAAAUAAAACCCUUAGAAUCUGACUGGUUAUAGCACAGAUGUAUGGGUGUCAGUUCCAGAUGAAUGGUAUAGGGAAUGGUAUGGUCAAGCAGAUGGGUAGGCAAGGAGAAAGAGAUGGUACUUCUUGAGAAUAAAAUAAAAUUCAAAGAAGCUAUAAGGUUAUAGGACUGCUGUAUUUGUGUUAGUUCUGGAUGAAUGGUAUAGCUAUAGGGGGAAGUAGGAGGGUAGGCAAUAAAAAAUACUACUUCUUGAAAAUAAAUUGAAAUUAAUUGAAGCUUUCAGGUUAUUGGACUUCUGUACUGGUGUUUGUUUAUUCAAAUCAACUUUUUGUUGGGAUGGAAUUGUUUUUUGAAAAUCUUUCUGAUUUCAUUGAGUUUCUGAUAGGAAUAUAGACUGGACACUGUCUCUGAGUUGGAAGAAUCAAGUGAUAGCAUCAAGUCAUAGAAGUGUCUGUGCAACUCUUUAGCCAGUAUAGGAAAUAAGUAUUUGACUUAAGAUUCAUACCGGUCGCUAGAUUGAAUACUUUUGUUUAAAAAAUUCUCUAUUCAGGUCAAUAAAUUGGCGAACUAAAUCCUGAAGGUAACCAUGGCUCAGAAUGAAGCAACAUGAAUGUACAUGUACUUGCGGAAACAUCAAGUUUGGACCAACUCAUACAGUGAAGCCUCUACAUUGCUUUGGCCAUGUUUUGUACUUUGAAUUUAAGCCACCCCUUAAGGGAGACAAAGGGUUAAUGUUUUGGAGAUUAGAAGUAGCAGGUAUCGCAUUUCUUGAAUAAUGAAGAUAGCGAGGAGUUUGAUUUAUGGUUUCCAAUGAAACAAAUAAACUCCAAUGAAUCAUUUACACUCACUUCAAUGCUGUCAGAAUCAAAUAUUAUAGAUGGCAAUCAAUAUUUUAAGAGCAUCCAAUAAUUCAUGGGCGCUUUUACUACGCGACACUUCCAAUUCAUUCUGAAUAGCCCAAUUGAUGUAUAUUAACACAAUCGGUGGACUUGUUAGUUAAAAAACGGUAGGCUCAUUAAAUCUGUAACCUCAGUAACGCAUGUCACUUUGGCAGGCUGUGAGAAAAGCGUGCAAUCGUUAGACGCAUUCUCAAUAUAUGUGAUGAAUGCAAGAAAUUUGCAUGAAUUAUGGUGUGGAACCACAGUUUCAAAACUACCUUUUCGCUUUUGGGGCCUGUUUACAAUAUGUAGAUAUUAUUUGGGUACAAAAAUCUCAAACUGGCUUAAGUGAGUUAAGUACUUCAAUCAACCUUAAAAUGAUCAGAGGACAUGACAGGAUUAUAUUUUUAUUGUUGGCAUAUCCUUUAUUCUUGAAUGUAAAUUGCGAUUCAGUAAAUAUGUACUUUAUGUAUCUUUCUUUUUCCCUAAAAUAAUGUUCUUGUUUUGUAUUCAAACAAGGUAA